AAUUGAAUCAGUCGAAUCAGUCGUCUGUUAAUUUUGGCCUGGAGUGAAGUGGUGUCCCCCUCGAUGGUUUUCGGCGUUUUACCUUUAAAUUAUAGAAAUUAUUAGGGGAACGUGUUGACGAAACUGCGGAUGGUGGCGAGUAGAGACAUUGUGUCGGGUGUUUUGUGUAUGCCGGGUUAAAUAUGUGAAAUUUUAAGUGAGAAAAGUAUGUGUACAUACAGGAAGAUAAUCGAUUUGUCAACUCGAGGUUUAGAUUACAAUUUUCGGUGCACUAAUUGACCUAAGGUAGGAGUUCUCGGCAACGUCAUUAUAAUAGCGUUUUUAGUAUCAUUUUAAGCGUGUAACGUUCUCGAUUACGUUCACGUUAAUAUUUUUGCACGUUUUUGGCGGCACGAUUACUACAGGUUAGAAAAAUUAAUUGAGAGUAUUCCAUCCAGGCCGUUCACUCGUUUUUGUCGGGAGGUUGGUUAAGGGAAGACUCACGUCUCCGUGUAGUUUAGUUACACGCGGUAGUGGACGACGUGUGCCCUAGCUAGAUUAGUGAGUUUUGAUAAUUAUUACCGGUCGACUGCCGUACAAACGCGCUUAUUAAUUUCUAUUGUUCCCAUUACUACUUUCUCGAAUUUUUAACGUUUUUCAUAGUGCGUUGCUCAACAACGACAAAGACGGGCGCCCACGCUUUUCUAAGGGUUUACCGAUAGCAAUUGCAGUGCUCUUAAUUACUUUUUGUUAAAUGUUAAAACGAGUGAUUGAUAACUUUAACUGGAAAGCUUCCUCAACGUAGCAGGCAGAUGGAAAAGAUGGAAGUUGACGAUGCGGUUGUCGAUCUCAGCAUAAGAUUGGAGUUUUGUACCCUAUUCUUGGAAUAACCGCCUUACGUGAAUCGUUAAUAGUCACAAUCGGAUUCCCCUGCCAUCGCAGCAGAGUUUACUAAUAAAUAGCAUCCCUACGAAUAAUAGCCAGCACACCCUUAGUUCGAGAAGAGUAUUACGGCCACGAACUGAACCUCGUAGCUACGUCGAAAGUCCCGACGUCAUCAUUAACGGCACCCUAGAAAAACCUCGUACAAAUGGUAAUGUAGAUUAUAGCAGUGAUUCUAGUGAAGGGGAAAUGCCACCUUUAGCGCCAAUUAAAGAGCUCAGCCCGUCUGAGUUAAAACAAAGAGAGAGAGGUCUGCGUAGAUUAAGGGAGGAACUUCGAGCGGAAGAAAUGAAAUUAGUUUUAUUGAAAAAAUUAAAACAAUCUCAGCAAUUAAAAGAAAAUGUGGCCGUGUUGCCGCCGAGCAUACCACCGUCGGCGCUACCACCUACCGGUUUACCUAGUGGUUUAAGUAUAACACCUACGACAGUUAAGGUUCCAAUUAAUAAAGUUCAACAACCACCUACCGCACAUUCCCGACAUACGAGCUUACAUAAACCGGGACAGGGAGGAAAUGUGCCGCUUUUAUUACGAGGGCAACAUCCACCUCCACGAUCAAGUAUGCAUGCUCCACCAUUAUCGGGAUCACCUCUUAGUAGUCGGGCAGCUAAUCUAUCAGUACCUCAACCGCCAUCCAGGAGUUCUCUGGGACGUUCCUCAUCAGGAUUUCCACUUGGUGUAAAAGAUUUGUCACCGUCCGUAACCAUUACACCUGCUCCGCCGCAACCGAUAAAGGACCGUUCGAGAGCCGAAGAUAAUCAAACGCCCGCACAAAGACAAGCUGCAGCUAAGUUAGCACUACGGAAGCAGUUGGAAAAAACCCUUCUACAGAUUCCACCACCUAAACCUCCCCCACCCGAAAUGCAUUUCAUACCCAAUCCAAGUAACACCGAAUUUAUAUACCUCGUCGGACUUGAGCACGUAGUGGACUUUUUGACAAAGGAUACAAGGACGAUAACUCCGCCCACACCUUUCCAAUGUCAUCAGUGCAAUUCAGAUUUUACCCCGGUUUGGAAGUGGGAGAGUAAAGGGAAAAGCAGAGGGAAAGAUUUGCGAGUCAUUUGCGAACAGUGUGUUACUAGUAAUGUAAAGAAAGCUUUAAAAGCAGAACACACAAAUCGACUUAAAACUGCCUUUGUCAAAGCUUUACAACAGGAACAGGAAAUUGAACAAAGACUGGCUCAGAAUGGGGUGUUCACAACGUCAAGUAGUCCUGCACCGUCGCCUGUUACACCUGAGGCGGUCGUUCCUAAAGCGGUAACACCUCAACCAACACCUCGACACGCACCCACUCCACCAGCGCCACCAAAUACACAACAAACUCCACCUCCAUCGCGAUCAUCUCAUCCCAGUUCUCAGGACAAGUUUGCUCAAAAUGCGGCAGCUAUGCAAGCUUUACAUCAACAAUUACUUAGAACAGGUGGACCUCCAGCAGCGGCGCACAUGUUACAAUUUUCGCCUCUCUUCUAUCCCUAUCAGCUAGCAAUGGCGCAAGCAGCAAGUACCAAAGGUGGCACACCGAACCUUGCAGACUUGCAACGGGCGGCCGAUCUGCAGAGGCAGUACCUACUGGAUAUGAUACCACCACAAGCGGGACGGCACAAUUGGAAAACGUGAUUAGGAAGUGAUACAUUUUAGGUUUAUUAUAUUGGUGAGUCUACGUUAGGUUUUGCGUUCAUUUAUGGAAAUUUAAUGCAGUUCUUAGUUUAUGAUUUUUGUAUGAUAAGUGAGUGUAUAUAUUUUGAAAGUUAUGUACAGUAGUAAGUGAAUCUAGUGAUUAUUUAUUAUUCAUUAUGACAAGAAUUAGGUUUGAUUUUAAAUUUAUUAUUUAUAUAAAAUGUGAUUAGAUAGCAGACAGCUCACCUCUGACUUAGACUGUCACAGUCUGUACAAACUAUGCCAAAAUAGGAAAAUCUGGUGAGUAAGUAUACUCACGUUUAUGUUUGAAAGGAGAUGGAGAGUAAAGUUCACAUUGUCUGCAAAUGAGAGUUAUUUGCAUCAAAGGCUAUCGAAGGAUAAUUUUGGUUUACUAGUACAAUUUAUUUCAUUUUUAUGAUGGCAAAUACAAAUUUGCAUCUGAAAGAACUGAGAGUAGGUAGAUACUGAGUACAUUUGUGGGUAUUUUAAUUUUAAAAUCAUUAUUUUGUACGUUGUCUGAGGUUGUCCUAAUAUAAAAUCAAAUUUUAUGUCAAGUUUGAGAUUUGUGCAGCUAUAUCCAAAAAAGCGUACACAUUUUUGAGCUGUACAGUGACCGUAACUAAUUUAAUUGAAGUAUGUAAUAAUAAAUUUUUGCACGAAAUGUGUUUUUUUUUAAAUGUGCAAAUAGUGCUGUUUUAAGACCGUACUGUGUAAUUUUUUACAUUGUGUGCUUCAUACUAUUAAGGAAUGACUUUUAAAGUUCACUUCUAGUGCUAGGUAGAGUAACAUAAUUAGUGCUUUCAAAUUUCCAUAUAAAUUGUAGUCAAUUGUUUUCUCGGUACUCUUGUAAAAAGAUCGACAGGUGAUGUUAAUUUUUUGUGAAUAGUAAAUUGUAUGGAGUACAUUUAUGUGUUGUUGAACUGGACAGGCCUUUAGACGUCUCUUACUGUAAAUAUGUAGCACACAUUUUUCUAAACGCCUUUUCAGUACUUAACUAAUCGAAAUGUCUCAAACUUUGUAUUUUAUAAGUUAUGUACAAUUAUUGACGCCCAACAUUUUGAAAUAAAAUUGCUCAUAACUUAA